AUGCCGGUCAAAGGAGGCACCAAGUGCAUCAAAUACCUGCUCUUCGGAUUUAACUUCAUCUUCUGGCUUGCCGGGAUCGCAGUCCUUUCCGUCGGCCUAUGGCUCCGAUUCGACUCGCAGACCAAGAGCAUCUUCGAGCAAGAAACUAAUGAUUCCAGCUUCUACACAGGAGUCUAUAUUCUGAUCGGAGCCGGUGCACUCAUGAUGCUGGUGGGCUUCCUGGGCUGCUGUGGAGCCGUGCAGGAGUCCCAGUGCAUGCUGGGAUUGUUCUUCGGCUUCCUCUUGGUGAUAUUUGCCAUUGAAGUAGCUGCAGCCAUCUGGGGAUAUUCCCACAAGGAGGAGGUGAUCAAGGAAGUCCAGAAGUUUUACGAGGACACCUACAAUAAGCUGAAGAACAAGGACGAACCUCAGCGAGAGACGCUGAGGGCCAUCCACACUGCGCUGGACUGCUGUGGUUUGACCGGGGUGGUAGAACAAUUUUUCACCGACACCUGCCCCUCAAAGAAUUUAGCUGGCAGCUUGAAAAUGAAGCCCUGCCCUGAAGCCAUCGACGAGAUCUUCCGAAGCAAAUUCCACAUCAUCGGCGCCGUGGGUAUUGGGAUCGCCGUGGUGAUGAUAUUCGGCAUGGUUUUCAGCAUGAUUCUAUGUUGUGCCAUCCGCAGAAACCGAGACAUGGUCUAG